UAAAGGCUUAAAUGAUAAAAAAAAGACUCUUCGCCAAACCGGAAGUAGAUUCAAACAUCCCCUGAUUCUUUCCUGUGACGUAGCGCUAGCUCCCGGUGCUACACGCGGGAAACAGGCGAAGCUGCUCAUCACAUUGACACGCAUCAGUCAUCGCCUGUAGCUGAGAUGGGAGACACACUGGAGUUCAACGAGAUUUACCAGGAGGUCAAAGGCUCCUGGAAUGACGGGCGGCUGCGUUUCAGCAAGCAAAAUGUGGUUUAUAAGAGCAGCAAGACGGGGAAAGUGGACAGCAUCCCGGCUGGUGAGCUCAACUUAGCCCAGUGGAGACGAGUGUGUUUAGGUCACGGGAUCAAGCUGGGCACCAGCACAGGACAUGUCUACAAAUAUGAUGGCUUUAGGGACACAGACUUUGAGAAGAUCUCUGAGUUUUUCAAGACUAACUACAAGGUGGAGCUGACGGAGAAGGACAUGUGUGUGAAGGGAUGGAACUGGGGAACAGCCAAGUUCUCGGGGCCGCUGUUGUCAUUUGAUGUAAACGACAAUUCAGCAUUCGAGAUCCCACUGUCCAAUGUGUCCCAGUGCGCCACGGGGAAGAACGAAGUCACUCUGGAGUUUCACCAGAAUGACGACACCGAGGUCUCCCUCAUGGAGGUCCGAUUUUACGUCCCGCCCAGCCAGUCUGAUGAACGACAAGACCCCGUUGAGGCGUUUGCCCAGAGUGUGUUGUCAAAGGCUGAUGUGAUCCAGGCCACAGGAGACGCUGUGUGUAUCUUCAAAGAGCUGCAGUGUCUUACACCCAGAGGAAGAUAUGACAUCCGUAUCUACCCGACUUUCCUUCACCUCCAUGGUAAGACCUUUGACUAUAAGAUUCCCUACACCACAGUCCUCCGCCUGUUCCUGCUGCCACACAAAGAUCAGAGGCAAAUGUUCUUUGUGAUCAGUCUGGAUCCUCCCAUCAAGCAGGGUCAGACACGUUAUCACUUUCUCAUCCUGCUCUUCUCCAAGGAAGAGGACAUCAACCUCACCCUCAACAUGAGCGAAGAGGAUGUGGAGCGCCGUUUUGAGGGCAAACUCAGUAAAAACAUGUCAGGGUCUCUGUAUGAGAUGGUCAGCAGGGUGAUGAAGGCCCUGGUCAACCGCAAGAUAACUGUGCCUGGAAACUUCCAGGGUCACUCUGGGGCUCAGUGUAUCACCUGCUCCUACAAGGCGUCCUCAGGCCUCCUUUACCCCCUGGAGAGGGGCUUCAUCUAUGUCCACAAGCCCCCCGUGCAUCUGCGCUUUGAGGAGAUCUCCUGCGUCAACUUCGCCCGAGGUACCACCACAACGCGAUCCUUUGACUUUGAGAUCGAGACCAAGCAGGGAAAUCAGUACACCUUCAGCAGCAUUGAGAGAGAAGAGUAUGGCAAACUGUUUGACUUUGUUAAUGCCAAGAAGCUCAACAUCAAGAACAGAGGGUUCAAAGAGAAGAAGGGCAUGAAGGGUAAAAUUGACGAAUACAGUGACUCAGACGACGACCAGCACGACGCCUACCUGGAGAGGAUGAAGGCUGAGGGCAAGAUCAGAGAGGAGGGCAACGACAGCGACGAAUCAGAUGGUGAAAGCGAUGAGUCGUUUAAUCCUGGAGAAGAAGAUGAUGACAUUGCAGAAGAGUACGACAGCAAUGCCUCAGCAAGCGACAGCAGCGAAGAUGGGGACGAAAGCGAAGAUGAGAGCGCAAAAAAGAAGAAAGUCAAGAAAGCCAAAGUAGUGAAGGAGAAAAAAGAAAGGAAGCCACGCAAAGAGAAAAAGCAGAAAGAUACCGGCGGCCCCAAGAGGCCGAUGAGUGCCUACAUGUUGUGGCUCAACUCCAGCCGGGAGCAAAUCAAGUCGGAAAAUCCGGGCAUCUCCAUCACAGAGAUUUCCAAGAAGGCUGGAGAGAUGUGGAGACAACUGGGCAAAGACGACAAGGAGGAGUGGGAAACGAAGGCAGGAGAGGCGAAGAGGCAGUAUGACAAAGCAAAGAAAGAGUACAAAGAGAGCAGUGGAGGACCAACCUCCAGUUCCAAGAAGGAGAGUAAAAAAGCUGGAGGUAAAAAGGAGGAGAAGAAGAGGAAGCCUGCUGGGGGAGAUAAGGACAAGGAGCGGGGAGGAGGCAACGACAGCUUCAAGAGUCGAGAGUUUAUCGAGACCAGCGAGGAGAGUUCAUCAGACUCUGACCAUAAGAGCAAGUCCAAGAGGAAGAAGGAAUCAGAUGAAGAGGAGGAAGAGGCUGUGUCCACACCUGCCAGCUCAGAGGAAGAGUCUGACUAAACACAAAAACCUUUACCCAUCUUACACCCAAACCAAGGACCAAGCAUUUAUACUCUCUGUGUUGAUAUCACACAAAUAGACUGACAGACAAAUCAACAGACUUGAGUUGUUUUUUUCCUUCAACAUCUACAACUCUAAAUGUUUUGCUUUAAGAGUAUAAACGCAUCUUGUGGCUGACUCUGGAAGCUCACGUAAUAUUUGAUAUUUGAGCGUGUUUUGCUACUGACAGCUCAGUGAAAUGGUGGUGUAGCACUUUUCCCAGAAUUCUUGAAGGGUUUUUUCAUCUCACCCAUGGGGAUGGUUGUUAUAGUUUUGUAGCGCUGAGGAGUGUAGGAGUUAUUAGUUGAUUUAAUAUGGAUAAGGCAGAGAGAAGCAGAUGUGAAACCAUUUUGUUUCUCCUUUUGUAGAGCAUUUAAAAACCGCAGUUAAGUGUUUUUUUUUGUGUUUUGCGAUGUCAUUUUUUCAGCCUUGACUAAAUAAAUGAAUCAUUUUUUAAUAAA